AUGAAUAAUAUUAUUAUAAAUACAGAGUUUAAAUCGGUAGUUAUCGAUGGAGCUAAAGCAAUGUUCAAGAAUGUAAUUACAAAGCAAUUCUGGUUAGAUACUCUUCUCAGAACAACGAUAAUUGACAAAUUAGCUUUAGCCUAUUCUGUAUAUAAUUUCUGUUCCGAUAUAUAUGAUACCAUCAAACAAAGAAGAUAUUAUAUCAAUGAUUUCGAAAAACUUGUAUCCCUAGAGAAAGUGGAACAAUUCAUGAAAGAGCUUAUGGAAGCCAUCAAUAAAGAGAGAAUAAUCGAAUUCAUCGAGCGAAAGGAUUUCUAUGACUACAUUUCGUACUUUGAUCGAUCCGAGAGACUUCGAGAGCAUUUUCAGAAAGAGAAUAUCUUUGAUAACCUGUUGAAACGCAUUGUAGCUUUAGAUGAAACUAUCAAAAGUUUUUCUCUAGAGAUCGAUCCUUCUUACGUUCCACUCUAUGAGAUCUUCGAAGAGGACACAGUUGCCGAACCUUAUCCCAAUUUAAGUACAGAUUUGAACAGCAUGUUAAUCUUUAGAGAAUAUCUUGCAACAUUAUUAAUCUUUCUCUCUAAACGACAUCAACCAACAGAUAAAAAUGCACCAUUUUCAAUUGUAAGUGAUAUUGUCAUUAUGGGAUUGAGUCCAUCGAAUACAUACGGACUGAGAAGAUUUGCGUCAAAGUUGUUAGGUUCCCUCUCUGGUCGUGAAGAAAAUUGCUUCACAAUUUUAAGUGCAAAUGGAAUGACAAUUUUGAAAUUCUAUGACUCAUUAUUCUACAAAUUCCGAAGCAGAGAAAUAGCCAAAAUCAAACAUAUUGUCAAGACGAUUGGAUUCAAAAACUAUGAACCAUACAUAAAGAAUCUUCCGCAGGAAGAUGCCAUGGUAGUUCACAAAGAAAUUUCGACCUACAGAAAGAAUACAGUAAUGAAACAAGUUCAUUUCUUAGGUGAUUUCUUACUAAAUCUUUAUAAAACAAAUAGUUAUCUGUUGGCAACUGCAUCAACUGGAUUCAUGGCAUUCAAUACUUUUUCGAGAGGUUACGUCAAAUGUCCAUUUUAUCAUUUUAUAAUGUCAAGUGCAUUGGUGCUCUUCGUUCCAAACUAUAAAUAUAAUGUUUUGAUACAUGCCAUCACAGACACCGCCGUCUUUUUAUAUAACGAUGCCCAAGCGAUAUUUAAUAGUGAGGCAGAGAUCGAUUUUACUCCUACCAUAUACGACGAAUGUAUACCUUCAGCAGAAUCCAUAAAUUAUAUUGGAUGUGAUGACAAAUACGAACAAACCGAACUAGAUGAAACCGAGUACACAAUAUAA